AGUAUAGUACUUUUGAAAAAUAUAAAACGUAAUAAGUAAAAUCUACUACAGCACGCAGCCAAAUAAACUACAACUCUAACAUCGUCAAUAAAAUGUUGUUAUAUAUUUUUUCGUAGAUAUUGAAUACUCUCAGCGUCAUAUUAUAAAAGAUCUAAAUUUUUAAUCAAUAUCCAAACGUCCAAAUGGCGCCCGUGCCGCUUCUCAUUUGAAUACCCGUCGAUCCGGAAACAUUCCGAUACACUCGUAUCGAGGACUCUCGUGAUGCAAUCCUGUUUACUUCGAAGCAUCAGUCGCACGCGCAGUUUCCACCAUGAAUAAGCUCAGCGAGCACGAUAAAGUGAUUCUGGAUACGAUUUUCGAUCCUCUUCAGCCGCUCGGAAUAGACUCGAAUCCUGGCAGGAUUUUCAAUGAACCGAUCGAAGCCGAGGACGACCCGGAACUGAACGAGGAGGUGAAGGAGAUUUUGAAGAGGGCUAUCGUAUUCUCGGAGAAUGGAAAGUUUGACGAAGCUUUCGAAUUGUUCGAGAAGGCGCGGGUUAAAGCUCCGAGAUCCGCUUCGGUGCUGAAUGAUAGGGCGCAGGCCCUGCGGCUCGCCGGCAAGUCUAAUGAAGCGCUGGCAGAUCUGAAUCUGGCGGUAGAAUACAGUGGCGGGCGCGGCAAGGCCGGCGUACAGGCAUUGUGUCAACGGGCAGCGCUUUAUCGCUUCCUGGAGAAAGACGACGAGGCCAGAGAAGACUUUGCCAAAGCGGCCGAACAAGGUUCGGGCUUUGCGAAAUCGCAGUUGGUUGCGAUGAAUCCAUACGCUGCUAUGUGCAACGCUAUGCUGCACAAGAUCACAAUGGAAGCUUGUAAAAAGUGAAUCCUCCUCUCCAUUCGUUGUACAGUGUUAUUGAAUCGUUGAAGAGCGUUUCGUGCUUUUACUCUUUUUUUAUUCAUGUUAUAACUCCAUAAUUCAUAACUAUGUUAAUAUAUAAUAUAAUAAUUAAUAAAAAUUAUUGUACAUCGUAUAUAAGUAAUGCGUAAUGCAGCUUUGCGGAAUAAACUAUAAUGUUUCCAUUGCAAGAGGAACCAACAGACGUAACUAAGGGCAUUGAGAAACAGACGGAGUAAAAAGGGUCGUUCUGUCUCAACGUGAACUGUUAGAAGACGUAUACAAUUUAUCAAUAGUCCACAUGAUACUUGCGCAAA